AUGGCAACGAUGAACGCAAACGCGAACGCCAAUAACAACAACCGUCAAAACGUUCAUAAUCAUCAACAGCCAACAAAUCUGAUGAAUACAUCUUCAACUGGAAAUGUUCCCACAAUAAGCACACAAUCACGGCGACGUUCCGUCAAGAUCACCAAUGAGUCUCGACUGCAUCAAGAACAAGGCAGACUCAUCCUCGGACAGUUGCCAGUGAAUCGUAAGCGAUCAGCACCAACGGAUCGUCUCAACACUGCACAAUGGUCCAGUGUUUUGGCACUAUCCGAUAAAACUAUCCAUCAGGACAACCGAUGCGUUGACAGUAUGUUCACGGCACAGAAUCGGACGUCGGUGAAUCACAAUUAUUUUCUGAGUGUACAAACGCAUAUUACGGCCAAACACCGACAGCAGGCUGUUGAGUGGCUUCUUGAUGUGAGUGAAGAGAAUUCGUCAUUAGAUUUCCGUCAUUUUUCUGAAAAAUUCUCCAAAAAUUUCAACCUCAGCUUUCUGAUGCCUUAUUGA